AAUAUACCGGUAUAAUCAGCGGAAACCUGGCAGUAGUUUUGAGAGUUCCAAAUGAUUAUAUCAUCGGUUCAUGUGCGACAGAUCUCUCAAUGUGGUUAUUCUCGAAGAGUCGGAGUGAUUGCGGCAAUGCAGAAUUCUUCUAU